UUUUUAUAAUUAGAGUACUAAAUUGAAAAAAAAAAAAGAAAAUGUAUUAAAUUAAAAAUAUUAUAUUUAUAAGAUCCACUCACCCACACUUAUUUAUUAAGUUUUUUACCUUUAUUUAAUGUAUCAGUACUGUUGGUGAUUUUUAUCAAUUGUUAUUACUUUGAAAUUCUGUGAAAAAAUCAUUUGGAAAAAUUUGUAGUAAGUGUUGUGAUAUUGUUAGAUUAAUUAUUUAUUUGAACGUUUCGUUUUGUCAUUAUAAAUUAUUAGCAAAUUUUGGAUAGCGCGGUAAAAUAUUCAAAGGCUAUUUUUCAGAAUGUCGGACGAUGCCUAUGAUAAUGAACCCGAGUGUGUAAUGCUGACUUGAUCGCAGGGUUAGUGCGUAGGCGCGCUAUUAUAAAAUGUUCAUUAACUCGAGUAGCAACUUUUAUCGACCGUUUUAUUCCAUCUCCAGCCUCUUAUGCAGAAGCCGCGUCUCGUUUAAAUACUCUCCCUGCUAUUUUAAAUCAAUUUGAAGAUGUUCAACAAAAGGUUGAGGAAAUUGACAUUGAUCAUGACGAUGAUCAUCAUGCUCAGCAGCGCGAAGAUUUUGAAUCUAAGUAUCAUGAUAUGGUGGGUCGAUUAUCAAGAUUAAUACCUACGCUAACGCCAGCGGUUUCAUCGCCUGACAACUAUGUCCAUGCACAAGAGUCGUCUUCGCAUGUCUCGUGGUCAAGGUUAGAGUCCUUGCUCGCUAAAAAUCUGAGCAUGAAGUCGGUUACACAUUUACCAUCGUUACCGUUAGAGAAGUUUGACGGAGACUAUAUAAAAUGGCCAAGGUUUUAUAAUUGUUUCAUGAAACGAGUGAAUGAUGCUGCUAGUCUCGAUGAGGUGGAUAAAUUGUAUUUUUUAAGAUCUUGUUUACAAGGAACGCCGUUAGACUUAAUCGAUGGAUUAGAUGUUGGCGAUUCGUCGUAUAGUCGGGCCUUAGCUCUUCUCAAGGAUCGCUAUGAGCGCAAGCGAUUUUUAAUAGACACCCAUGUUCGAUCGUUGUUAGAAAUGAAAAAUUUGGCAAGUUCAGCUUCAAAGGAUUUGCGUAACUUUUUAUCGACGUUUGAUAAGCAUGUGGAAGCUCUUUGUUCUUUAAAACGACCGGUUGAGCAUUGGGAUGAUCUAUUAGUGGGGAUUGUACGAAGUAAAUUGGAUCUUGCUACACUAGAAAAAUGGGAUUUGUCGUAUAAGGCCAAUGACGACGUGACAUUUAAAAUGCUUUAUGAUUUUUUAGAGACACGUGCUAGUUCCUUAGAGUCGUUUGAAGGACAAGUAGGUCAAGGUCGUCAAGUAAACAAGUCAAAGGUAAGUAACCGUGGUUCGACUGUGUUAUCGGUACAAAAAAGAGUUAAAAUUUGUCCCAUCUGUUCACAAACUCAUAUGAUUUACCACUGCCCUAAAUUUAAAUCUAUGUCUUUAACUAACAGAUAUGGCGAAGUAAAGCAGAAGCACUUAUGCUUUAACUGUCUCCUUUCGGGUCACGGUACAAGAGACUGCAAAUCGCAAUUAUGUCGGCAUUCUGGUAAGAAACAUAAUUCUAUGUUGCAUGGAUUACCGUACCAGUCUAGGAAUGCUACUUCCACUCCCAAUAGAGCAGAUGAAGCACCUACCAGUGGGUUAGUGCCAUCAGAGCAACCACAAACUAGUUCUACGAGUUCAAUGACUGAACCUGGUAGUUCUGUCGCGGUUCACAAUGCAUGUACAAGUACCCAAGUCUUAUUAGCCACCGCAGUUGUUAUGGUGCAGAACAGUCGCGGUAAAAGGUUUCCAUGUCGCGCCAUAUUGGACAACGGAUCACAAAUCAACAUAUUAACACAAAAAAUGGCCAGGCGCUUAAACUUGGACGUUAAAAAUGCCAUGUUACCAAUUUGUGGAAUUAAUGGGGUUAACACAAAGUCAUCUCAAUGGACAAAUUUAUCUUUCUUCGCUGUUCACUCUUCAUUCAGUAAAACUAUUGGUUGUCACAUAUUGCCAGCUAUAACGGUCUCGUUGCCGUCACGGUCCUUCAACGUUAGUGGAUGGAGUCUACCCGACAAUGUACGAAAUGCGUUGGCAGAUCCUGAGUUCAACAUAUCGUCAGAAGUAGAUUUAUUAUUGGGCGCUGAGAUAUACUAUGAGCUAAUUCGUUCACAGCCGUUGGUGAUGCCAGGAGGUUUGCCUUGGUUGUACGAUACGGCUCUUGGUUGGGUAAUUUCGGGCCCUUUGUCAAAGAAUGAUGAUCAUAGCGUUGUCGAGGUAUCCACCGUCUGUGCACUAGGAACAACCACUGCGUGGAUGAAUUCAGAACCAUUAAUCAGGCAGACGAAACAUGAGGAGGAGUUAGCGUUUGAGAGAUAUUUUCAAGACACUCAUAGUCGAUUAGCGGAUGGGCGUUUUGUCGUUCGACUACCGUUUCGAAAAGAACCAUCAGUGCUUGGGGGUUCAAUGAAUAUGGCUCUCAAACGAUUCCUGACACUCGAAAAAAAAAUGUGUAAUAAUUCAGAAUUGGCAAGGGAGUAUAAAAAUUUUCUCAAGGAAUAUGAAGAGAUGGGUCACAUGUCAAAAAUAGAUGAUACCGUUGCAACACCCGGUACUUAUUAUUAUAUACCCCACCAUGCGGUGUAUAAAGAUUCAAGUAGCACCACCAAGUUGCGAGUUGUCUUCGAUGCUUCUAUGAAAACCACUACUGAUUAUUCUCUGAAUGAUAUUCUGAUGACCGGUCCUGUCGUGCAACAAGAGCUUUUCGAUAUAGUGCUGCGUUUCCGUUACUAUUUGUACGUGGUUACUGCAGAUGUCGCCAAGAUGUACCGUCAAGUCCUCGUCCAUGAGAAUGAUCGACAUUUUCAAAGAAUAUUAUGGCGCGAUGCACCUGACAAGCCUUUACAACAUUAUGUACUUAAUACUGUAACCUAUGGGACGGUUCCCGCUUCGUUUUUAGCCACUAGAGUUCUUAAGGAGUUAGCACUGGGCAGCGCUGCUGAUUAUCCUAAGGCAAGCUUAUCAAUACUACAAGACUUUUACAUGGAUGAUUACCUUAGCGGUGCUGACAGCAUGGAAGAUAUAAAGACCAUGUAUCAGGAGGUUUCUAAAAUAUUAGAAAAUGGUGGUAUGCAACUGCGUAAAUGGUGUUCAAAUGCUGAGGAAUUACGCGAGCAUUUCGCGUGUGCUUCUACGGAAAAGCAUUAUUCUUUAGAACUUAGCACGGAUAUGACAGUGAGUUCUCUAGGGCUUAUUUGGUGUCCCAUAACUGAUGAAUUGAAGUUCUUGAGUAAGGAAAGAACAGCAAGAAGCGUUAAAACCAAAAGAGAUUUGCUAUCAACACUAAAUAGCGUAUUUGACCCACUUGGCUUUUUAGGUCCCGUCUUAAUCCGAGGAAAGGUGUUUCUGCAAGAAUUGUGGCAGAUCAAUUUGAAUUGGGACGAUGUUCUGCCCGAAGAGUUGCAAGUCAGGUGGGCUACUUAUAUUCAAGAGUUAGAAGGACUGCACCAGUUAAGGAUACCUCGUGCGGUUAAAACGGAUGGUCAAGGCACAAUGGAACUACAUGGCUUUUGUGAUGCGUCCCAAAGUGCUUAUGGUGCUUGCAUUUACUUACGUCAGCAAAUCGGGCUAAAUUCAUGGACAGUUCGAUUAUUAUGUGCCAAAUCCCGGGUUGCGCCUACCAAAACUUUAACUAUACCACGAUUGGAACUUUCCGGCGCACUGUUAUUAGCUGAGUUAAUGAAUCGAAUCGUCAAAUUGAGCAAUUUUAAUUCAAAGGACGUGUAUUGUUGGUGUGAUUCAACGGUGGUCUUAGCUUGGAUUCAGGGUAGUCCCGCCCAAUGGAAGACGUACGUGGCUAAUCGUGUUACUCAAAUUUUAGAUGCGAUCGGCAAUGUAAGGUGGAGACACGUUCCUACCGAUUGUAACCCCGCAGAUCCCCUUUCGCGUGGAAUAAAUGUAGACGCGUUGUUGUCGUCGGACCUAUGGUGGAAUGGUCCUAUUUUUCUUAGAGGCGUCGAAGAAGAUUGGCCAAUCACAUACGAAUCAUACACGGUUUCUAAAGAAGUGUCAAAUGAACGACGGCCUGUUAAGUUUACUCUCACAACGACUGCUCCCGUAGAUAAUAGGUUACUUCAAUAUUUUUCGACCUGGCACAAGUUGUUGCGCAUGACUGCCAUAUGGAAGCGGUUUAUUGCCUGGGUCCGUCGUAGAACGAAACCUACAUCACCUCAACCAGGAACAGGUCCUCUUAGUGUUAUUGAGCUUAAUGACUCACGUGAUAUCUGGAUUAAAUUUGUUCAGCAACAGGCUUUUUCAGCAGAGAUACAAGAAUUAAGCAAGGGUAAUUUCGUAACUAAGGGACCGUUAAAAAAUUUAUCGCCGUUCCUCGACAAAGGGAUAUUGCGAGUUGGAGGUCGUUUGAAACAUUCUGAAUUAGAUUUGAACCAGAAACAUCCAGCGUUGCUACCACGCAAUCAUCGAGUGACUCAAAUGAUAUUCGAAGCCUACCAUAAGAAGUUCCUACAUAUCGGUCCUCAAGGUUUACUAGCAAAUAUUCGUGCACAUUUUUGGCCAUUAAGAGGCAGAGACCUAGCACGCAUAACCGUUAACAAAUGUAUAAAAUGUUUUCGAGCGAAGCCCAUUCCAAUGCAACCAUUAAUGGGACAGUUACCAGCUGCGCGAGUGUCCGCAAAUCGGCCGUUUACGCACACUGGAAUUGAUUUCGCCGGUCCUAUUAUGAUUAAGGUUGGAAUACGUAAGAGCACAUUAAUUAAGACUUAUGUUAGUGUGUUUGUUUGUCUAUCUACUAAAGCUGUACAUCUCGAGCCCGUCAGCGAUUUGAGUGCCGAUGCCUUCAUGGCUUGUUUACGACGUUUCAUUUCACGACGAGGUUUGCCAUCUCAUAUCUGGUCUGAUAAUGCCACUAAUUUCGUGGGAACUAAACGGGAAAUAAUCAAAUAUUAUGCAAAACAAAGGUCCGGAAGAACUGUAUAUGAUGAACUGCUUGAUGAAGGUAUACAAUGGAUUUUUAUACCACCAUCAGCGCCGCAUUUUGGAGGAGUUUGGGAAGCGGCCGUCAAGUCUUGUAAGUAUCAUUUGGUACGCACUAUUUUGGGCUCGAGUUUUAAUUUUGAAGAGUUGUGUACCGUACUUGCUCAAGUUGAAGCGUGCUUGAACUCAAGACCCUUAACACCGUUAUCUUCAGAUCCGUGCGAUUUUAAGGUUCUAACACCUAGUCAUUUUUUAAUCGGUGGACCUGCUCAGGUGAUACCAGAACCGGAUCUUUUGGAUAUACCAGCAAAUCGAUUACGAAAAUGGGCAUUGAUGCAAAAAACAAUGCAAGACUUUUGGCGUAGAUGGAGAAUGNCAAUGCAAGACUUUUGGCGUAGAUAG